AUGGCUAAUUUACCAGAUAGUAUUAUUUCUGUUUUUCUUGAAAAACGACAAUGUAUAUUAAUAGAUACAGAAGUAAAUAAUGCACUUAUCAAUCAAGGUAUUUCAUGUAAUGUAGAAGAUAUACAUCAUCAUGUAAAAUUACUUAGUCCAGGAUUAUUUCAAUUGAUAAAUAAUUCAAAUGGAAGAGUAACAAUUUGUGUUGAACCUAAAAUUGAAAUCUGUGAUGAAUUUCUUGGUAAUCAUUGUCCAGCUAAACCAAAACAAUGUGAUCGAUUGCAUAUAUGUCGACAUUUUGAAGGCAAUUGUCCAUCCUUAAAUUGUCGUUUUCCACAUGAUUUUAGUAAGGGAUAUAAUAGGAAAAUUAUUGCAGAAAAUCAUUGUCAACGUAUAAAUCCGGUGUUACUUGUCAAACUUCUUCGUCUUAAGAAAUUUUCAUCAAGAAAUCCGUCAUCAUAUUUACCACCUACCAGAGGUCAUAGACCAAGAGGACGUGGUCGCGGUCGUGGUCGUGGUUUUUCUCAUCAUGGAUCUUCAAGAAAUAUAAUAGUAAAAAAAGAUGAUCGAAAUCGACAAGUAGAUGUUAGUUUUCCAUCAUCAAAUCUUGCUCAACAAAUUGAUAUGGAAAUGAUUGAAAUUCUUUUAAAUUUACAUGAUAUAAAAAUUGAAGAUAAAUUUAAUGAAAAUGAAAAUGAAUAUUUUCGUCGAAUUACAAUUCAAUUAGAACGAAUAGAUGAUAUUGAAAAAUUACUUAUUUCACCUAUUAUUAAUCAUCAUGGUAAUGAUAUAAAAUUUAAACGUACUAAUCAAAUAAUUGAUAAAACAAGUUUUUUGUUAAAAACAUCAAUUAUAAAUGAACAAGAUAAAAUUAUUUUAUCACGUAUUGAACUUUAUAUUCAUAGACUUAUUAAAAAUAAUUCAAAAAGUAAAAUUUCUGAUCUUUCAACAAAUACUGAACAAAUAAUACUUGUUAAUUGUAAUAAUGAAAUAGAUUUCAAUCAUGUUCGUCAAGCAUAUGAAUCUAAAUCAGAAUUAUCAGGCAAACAUUUUACAUUAAUACAAAUUUAUGAAUGUGAUGCUUUAGAAAUUCAUUUUAAUGAUACAAAUAAAUCUAUUACAGUUGAUGAUUUAAAAAUUAUUUUUGAAUCUGUUUGGAAAGAUAUAUUUGCUUUUAAUUUUACAACACAUGAUUGUGCAGAAAUUGAAUUUAUUAAUCUUCAUGCUUUUAAACAAUGGAUGUCAACAGUGGAACAAAUACAAAUUAAAUUUCAAGUAACAAUUAAUCCAAUAAUUGAUAGUGUUGAUGAAACUAAUGAUACAGAAAGUAUUAGUUCAAUACAAACAAUACCAGUUCAUAUAGAUACAUGUUUAAAUACUCCUGGUAGAUUUCAUGAUAGAUCACGUCAAACAACAACAAUUAAACUUCGUCCUGAAUGGGCUUUGAUUGUUAGUCAUCCAAAAUUUAAACUUGAAUACAAAGAUUUUAUUCAUAAUGAAUGUGGUAGUGAAAUUGAUAUUCAUGACGAUGAAGUAAUAUAUAAUGGUUCAUUUCCACGACAUGUUCAUGACAUGAAAACUAAUGUUAUUCUUCAAGAUAAAACAAAUGAAUUCAUGCAAAAUUUUGCAUGGCGAACACUCUUUAAAUUAGAACCAAGAAAUAUUGAAAUUCUUCGAAUGAAUUCAGCUACUGUAGCAUUUACUCGUGUUAAAGAUAAUGAUUAUAUGGUAGGAACAAAAUUACAUGAUAUAUCAGGAUUUAUACGUAAACUUUUUGCUAAAAAUAAUCAAUAUUCUCAAUUUGAACAAUCACAUUUGAAAAUGAAUAUUCCGUCAAAUAAUAAUUCAUCAUCAUCUCUACCUACAAAAUCAAAAAUAAUUGAAAAAUCUUAUAAUACACCUGCUAUAUCAUCAAUUACAUCAACUUCUAUGUAUACUAUUAAUACACCAGAACAAAUAAGUAUGUUUUCAAUAGAUACAUUUGAAGAUCGUCUACGAGAAUAUCUUCAAGAAACAUUUAAUGUUCAAGUAACAUUUGAACGAACUAAUAAUAAUAAUAAUAAUAAUGAAAAAACUAAAGGAUUAACAAAUUGUAUUUUUAUUAAAUUAAUUGGUCAAAAGGAUGAUAUUGAAAAUGCAACUAAAGAUUUAUGUAAUUUAUUUUUAUCAAUAAAAACGAAAAUAUUUAAUGAUAAAACUAAUAGUAAUUGGACAAAAAUUGAAGAAGCAAUAGAAAUUAUUCAAUAUCAUUUUAAACUUAAUAAUCUAAUUUGUACAUGUCAACAAAUAUCUUCAACAAUAGUUUAUAUUCAUUAUUUUAAUAUAACAAAUCCACAAUUUGGUAUUGAUGAACAAAAAAUUGAAGAUUUAAUUCAAGAACUAUUUAGAUUAGUUACAAUAAAUUAUAAUCAACAAUCAUCAAAAUUUACAAAAGAUUGGAUAGAUUUAGAAAAUAUAAUUCAUCAACGAGAUGAUUAUAAAAAAAAUAUUUGUUUAUAUAAAGAAUUAAAUACGAUUUAUCUAUUUGGUUUAACUGAAUUAGUUAAAGAAUUUUAUCAAAAAUUUCAACAAAUUACAAAUAAAUAUAAUCUACAAUCAUGUAAAAUUACUCUAUCAGAAAGACAACUCAAAUAUUUAACACAUGUUGCCAAAGCUGAUUUAAUUAAACUUGAAAAACAAUAUAAAUCAGAUGGAUGUGAUAUAAGUUUAAAUCGUUUACGUUAUAAUUGUGAAUUUAUUGCACCACCAGAUAUGCAUUCAAAAAUCAAAGAUAGUCUUGAAAUAUUAACACAAAUACAUGAGACUUCAUUUGAAAUAGAUGAACCUGGUUUUGAAACACUCGUUAGUCAAGGAUUAGAACGACUUCUGACUAUCGUGAAAUCAAAAUGUUUUCUUGAAAAAACUAUUGAAACUCGUCGUAUUCAUAUUUCAAUACCUAAAGCUCGGAUAGCAAAUUUCAACGAUGAAAUUCAACAAACUCAAGAUACUAGUACAACUGCUAAGGCAUUAUCAAAUAUGACAAGUGUUAAUAUUGGCCAUUCAACAGUAACGAUUUUGAUUGGUGAUUUAACAACACAAGCAGUUGAUGCUAUCGUAGCUUGUUCUUCAUCACAAUACUUAUGUAAAACAAUUAUUAGUCAAGCUGGUAUUCAAGUACAAAAUGAAUAUAAUCUUCUGAAAGCAUCUGAUCAAUUUCCUGAUACAACAUCCGGUGGUACAUUACCAUGUAAAAAAAUUCUUUUUAUUCCAUGGUCACCAAACUCUCGUGAUCCAACGGAUGUUAAAUCAUCUUUAAGUACAUUUAUUUCAACAGCAUUUACGCUUGCUAUCUCAGUAGGAAGCAAAAGUAUUGCAUUUCCAGCUGUUGGUUGUGGAAAAUUUCAUUUUGAUCCAUCAAUCAUAGCUAAAUAUAUGUUACAUGAAACAAGAAAACAAUUGACAAAAUAUAAAAUAAAAAUGAAUAUUUCAUUUAUACUUUUACCUAUUCAACAAAAUGUUUAUGAUGAAUUUAUAAAAUAUCUUAAUCAAAUGCAAACUGUAGAUCUAAUGGUAUCAUAUAAAAAUUUAAUGAAAAAACAAGAUGAUCAAUCAACAAUAGCAUAUGAUAAAAAAAUUAUUAAAAUAACAUUAAUUAGUACAAAUGAUAAUUAUUUAAUGAAAUGUAAACAAGAAAUUAUUGAUUUAGCACGAAUAUUUUCAAUAAAAUCAAAAUUAACAAAUAAACAUGAUAUGUUGGAUUGGUCACAAAAUACAAUUAAUAAAUAUUAUGAAUAUUGUUUAAAACAAGGUGUUAUACCAACACUUGAUUUUGAAAAUGUUACAAUUGAACUUAUUGGAACAAAAGAUACAGUACAUGAAGCUGAAAAAUAUUUUUAUGAAUUAACAAGUGAAACAUUUAAAGAAGCACGUAUUCAUGCUGUUGCACGUAAUGUUAUUUGGUCAGUUGAAUUAAUACCUAAUUCUGAUCAAUGGGAACAAUAUUCAUUUAAACUUAAUGGAAUUAUUGAAGAUGCUUUUUUGAAAGAAUAUCAUCAUAUAGAUUUUCAAAAUGAUCAAGACGAGAAAUGUCGAAUAAUUUUUUCUGCAAUGGAAGAACAUCAUGGAACAAAGAUUCGUCGUAUACGUCGUAAACCUGUUGAUUCAACAUUACCAGAUACAUGGGAAUCUUCAGAUCAAAGGUGUAAACGAGUACUAUUACAGCCAUCAUCAGCAGAAUAUCAAAAUGUACUUGCACAAUUUCAUGUUACAAUGCUCGGUAAAUAUUCGAAAAUUAUUAAAAUCGAACGUAUUCAAAAUGAACGAUGGUAUAAGCAGUAUACUGCACAUCGUGAUGAUUUUAAACGACGUUAUUCACAAAUAAAUGAACGUUUACUUUUUCAUGGAUGUCCUAGUACAUCAGCCGAUCAGAUUAUUCGAGAAUGUUUUAAUCGAUCAUUUGCCGGUGUUAAUGGUGUUAAAUAUGGUUGUGGAGUAUAUUUUCAUGCUCAAGCUAGUUAUAGUCAUCAGUAUGCACAAUUGAAUAGUACUGGUGAAAAAACAAUAUUUUUAGUACGUGUUCUUAUUGGAAAAACAUGUAAUGGAGAUAAAAAUAUGAAAGUACCUCCAUCUGGUUAUGAUACAACUACAGAUGGACAACAUAUUUUUGUGGUAUAUCAUGAUGCUGGUGCAUAUGCAGAUCAUUUAAUUACUUAUCAAUGA